AUGGCCUUUUCAGGAGAUGUUCAUUCUGAGCAGCAGUAUCAGCAGCAGAAAUUUUCGAAUCAGUCAUCUGGGCCUUCUUACAGGAAAGACCAGCAUUUUCCAAAAGGGCAAAAUAGAGGAGACAGGGGCAGAGGAAGAGGAGGAUGGCAAGGAGGACGCCGGAGUGUUUCUGUGGAAAUGCCAAAAUACAUAACAGUGUCUGCCUUUGCUGAAGCUCGUGCUGCUGAGAUCAAUGCCAUGCUGAAAGCAGUUACUCAGAAGUCUUCAAACUCUCUGGUUUUCCAGACUCUACCUCGGCACAUGCGCAGGCGAGCCAUGAGUCACAACAUUAAACGCCUACCCAGGCGGCUCCAGGAGAUGGCCAGAAAAGAGGCAGAGAAAGCUGUACAUCAGAAAAAAGAACAGUCAAAGACUAAAUGCCGCAAAGCUAGAAGGCGCCACAUAAAUUUGGUUGCAGAGUUUAAUCGCAGGCAAAGAAAGAAUAUUUGGCUGGAAACACACAUUUGGCAUGCAAAGAGGUUUCAUAUGGUAAAGAAAUGGGGAUACUGUUUAGGAGAAGGCCCUACAGAGAAGAGCUACAGAGCUUGUUACCGAGCCAUGACAAAACACUGCCUUCUUCAGGAUUUAUCGUAUUAUUGUUGCCUGGAGUUGACUGGAAAAGAGAAUGAACUUGUGGAGCAACUUGCUCGAAUAUGUAGUGUCGACACAGGAUUAACUUUUGAAGAGGCUUCUUGUCUGUCUGGAGGUUUUGAGGGUUCCUUGAAUCUUUACCGAGCAGAUCACUAUCCUGAGGAUUUGCUUGGUCCUGUCACAUUUAUUUGGAAACCUAAGGAUGGGUCUGAAAACAGACAGUUGUGGAUCUGGAUGCAUCCUGCCCUCAAACAGGACAUACUGAGAGAGCUAAAAGCAAUUUUUCAGUGUACAGAGCCUGAAGAAAUCUAUAUUCCUGACCCUGUUACAACAUCAAUUGAAGAGGAAAAACAAGUAGAUGUGGCUCUGACCCUUGGCAAGAAAAGAAAGAAGGAGGAUAAAGAAGGAGAAAAAGCUGUGCCAGUGAAAAAAAUAAUUGGUGAUGGCACUAGAGAUCCAGGCCAGUCCUACUCCUGGAUCUCUCAGGCUACUGGCAUUGUGAUCAGUGACAGAUCGAUGGAGAUUCUCAGAUAUCGGCUGAUUGGCCCCCUAUCACACUCUGUCCUUACAGGGACCUUGAAAGCAGCUUCUCUCCAGACAGAGAUGGCAGAUUCAGACACAGAACGGAAUAACUGGUGGGUAGAAAACUGCAAGAACUCUGAAAAAGUAUCACUUCAUCAACGUCAAAGUGCUAUCUUUGAGCUAUUAGAAGGGUUAAGUUCACCAUCAGAAAUGCCACCAGGUACAAUACUGGGCCUCACUGUUGGAGAUCCUCGAGUCAAUUUGCCAAAAAAGAAGACAAAAGCUGUACCAGACUUUGAAAAAUACCGAGAUAAUGAUAAAGUUAGGCAGCUGUACCUGAAGGGUGUACCUGUAGACUGUGCUAACAGCUUUAUCUGGGACCAGGACAUCUGUAAGAACGUCACUGAAAAUAAAAUCUCAGAGCAGGAUUUAAACCGUAUGAGAUCUCAGUUACUGGUACCUGGAUCACACCUUGAUUUGGGUCCUUGUGAGUCUAAGGUCCCCAUACUGUUGGUGCAGCAGCCAGGGAAAAUGGCUGGAGAAGAUCGACCAGGAUGGGGGAGUGGCUGGGAUAUCUAUCUCCCAAAGGGCUGGGGCAUGGCUUUCUGGAUUCCCUUUAUAUAUCGAGGUGUACGAGUCGGUGGCUUGCAAGAGGCUUUAAAGCAUUCUGAAUAUCAAAGAAAUCCUCACACUCCAAAUGAUUUCCCAGACUGCCAGGCAGGAAUGAAGUUUGCCAAAGAACUGGAAACCAGUCUUCUUGAAAAAUUCAAACGACGACCACCUGCAAAAAGGGCAAAUUAUGUCAAGCUGGGCACUCUGACCCCUUUUUUCUGUCCUUGGGGGCAACUGACGAAGAACUGGGAAGGAAGAAUGAAAGUUUCAGGAGAAUUUGUACAACCUUCUUCCCCACGCCCUACGUGCUGCACAACCGAAGGGCAUAGCUUUUGUGGCCCCAAAGCUGAAGUGGUCAAAGAAAGUUCCCCUGAGACUGAUGAGGAAAAGGAGACCAUGGAAAUAACAAGCUCUGAAGGUGUUCUAAUGAAGGAUGAUGUUACAGGCACCCAAGACUUUGGUGGGAGAGAUGAAACUAAGACAAGUGACUUUAUUGUUCUCAGGAGCGAGAAACUACUAAUGCAGGUAUCAGCCUGGUGCUAUCCCACUGCUGGAAAAGAUCGGCGAGUCCGCCUUGUUUCUCGACUGGGACAGAAGGAAAUGAAUGAAGAUGUCUUUUUGCCAAUCUUGAUGAGCUAUCCACGGGCUCUUGUAUGGGUCAGCUUGUCUCUCUUGAGAAAGGGGAACCCUGAAUUACAUACCAUGAUUUGCAUCCCAACAGAAGACGACUUGCUGCGUCUAAGCAAAGACAAACUCUUCUGCGGUCCUCAAGAACCCAGACAUCGUGACAUAUUCAAGCACAGGGUACAGAAACUAAAGGAGGAGAAGAAGAAGAAGAAAAAAGAUAACAUAAAACCUGUAGAAAGUGACCCUCCGAGCGUUUCAGAUAAGGAAACAACUGAGGAGCAUGAAGACCUCAUUCUUGGUCUUUGGUCAGAUGCUCUCCCAGAUGUUACUUCCCACUGCUCCAGAACUCUCUUGGGAUAUGUCACUCGAGGGGAUUUUUCAUUGGCUGUGGGCUGUGGAGAAGCACUGGGUUUUGUUAGUUUGACAGGAUUACUUUAUAUGUUGUACAACCAGCCAGCAGAUAAAAAAGGGCUUGUUUUGUUAAGAACUCCAGCAUCUUUACAGUACAGAUUUGCAAGACUUACUAUUGAGGUUUGAGUAUCAUU